AUGAUCAAGUACCUCCAAUCGCGGCCUUGGGUCUGCGCAAGCUGCCUUCGCCAGGCAGGUAAAGCACGGCCGCAGCAGCGAUGGCUCUCUGUAGCCUCCGGCGCCGCCCAGGCUGGCCCGGCUCCGGCCCCCGUCGACAGCGCGACUUCCGAAAAGCACGAUGACAGCUUGCUGCGGCGCAUCUUCGACAGCCCGAACGACUGGCAGGCCUUCUCCCGGCCGUCGUCGACUGCGUCGCAGCGCGCGGGCCUGUUCCGAAACGCAUACUUGACCAAGCCCGAGGGCUUCCGCAUAUUCGCGCAGGCGAACCUGAUGAAGGCGCAAAAGAUUGUGGAGAAGGUGCUCAACGCCUCGUCGGUGGAGGAGUAUAGGGCGAUCGUGAGAGAUCUCGACCGUCUGAGCGACCUCCUGUGUCGCGUAAUCGACCUCUCCGACUUUGUGCGGGUGACGCACCCGGAUAUGCGCACACAGCAGGCUGCCGCAGAAGCAUGGGCGAUCGUGUACCAAUAUAUGAAUCAACUCAACACCACGACGGGGCUGAACGAGCAGCUUGGGAAGGCCCUUGCCAAUCUGGAUGUGGUCAGCUCCUGGACUGAGGAGGAGAAGACGGUGGCCGAGAUUCUCAAACUCGAUUUCUCAAAAUCAGCUGUGAACCUGCCGCAGGAGUCGCGGGACAAGUUUGUGGAACUGUCGCAGCAGAUCAGCGAAGUCGGAUCUGCAUUUGUCGACGAAAUGGCACCGGCGCAAUACUAUCUGGAGCUACCGGGAAACACCAACCUGGGCGCCGAUGUCCCUAAAAGGAUGAGCUUGACCAAGGGGUCGGUCAUAAAGCUACCAACUAUGAGUUCCCAGGCGCAAAAAGCGCUGCGGAGUGUGCCCGAUGAGAACGUGCGAAAGUUGAUAUACUACGGCACGCGAACGGCGUCACACCGUUCAGUGAAGAUGCUUGAAAUUCUCAUGAAGCUCAGGGCAGAGCUGGCUCAGCUCGCGGGCUUCGAGAGUUACGGCCAUAUGGCACUGCGCGACCGCAUGAUGGCCAAGUCUCCGGAAUCCGUCAAGCAAUUCCUGCAGGCGCUUGCCAAGAACAAUGGCGCAAUCGUCCAGCAGGAGAUGGCGGAUCUGCUCAAGGAGAAGCGAAGACGGAAUACGUCCAACCCAGAGGCUGCAGGUUCUCUUCAGGCUUGGGACAAGGACUAUUACAUGGCCCUGGUACGGGGCUCUAUGGACCAGCGCUUCAGGCACGAAAGGAUGUUAUCCUCGUUCUUCUCGCUGGGAUCAGUGAUGCAAGGACUCUCACGACUGUUCAAUCGCCUCUAUGGUCUUCGCCUUGUACCUAGGGAGACGCUACCCGGCGAGACGUGGCACCCGGAUGUCAGGCGGCUCGAUGUCGUGUCGGACACGGACGGCCACGUCGCUGUGCUGUACUGCGAUCUUUUCUACCGGGAGGACAAGUCACCCAACCCAGCUCACUUUACUAUCCGCUGCUCUCGUGAGAUCAGCGGCUAUGAGAUCGAAGAGGCAGCCCAGGAGGGUGAGAUCAACCCGAAUCUGCCAUCGUUCGAAUCGCCCGCCGAAGCUGCCAACGACGGAAUGGCGCUCUCCAGCCAGGGAGGAACCGUCAAGCAGCUGCCCACCAUCGCCCUGGUAUGCGACUUUGUCCAAGGCAGCGGAGACAUUCGCGCCCUGCUGUCCUUCCACCAGCUCGAGACCCUCUUCCACGAGAUGGGCCACGCGGUCCACUCGGUCCUGGCCCGCACCUCGCUGCAGAACGUCGCCGGGACGAGGUGCGCCACCGACCUCGCAGAGCUCCCGUCCACGCUGAUGGAGCACUUCGCCGCGGACCCGUCGGUGCUGGCGCUCUUCGCGCGGCACCACGAGACGGGCGAGCCGCUCGACUACGAGAUGGUCGCCGAGCGCCUGCGCAUGGCCAAGCGCUUCGAGGGCUGCGACGACGAGAACCAGAUCAUCCUGGCCAUGCUCGACCAGGAGUACCACUCGGCCCGCGCGGCGCGGCAGUCGUUCGACACGACGGCCAUCUACCACGAGCUGCAGCGCACGCACGGCAACCUGCCGCCCGACCCGCCCGGCACGGCCUGGCAGGGGUUCUUCGGCCACCUGUUCGGCUACGGCAGCACCUACUACAGCUACCUGUUCGACCGGGUGCUGGCCGAGCGCGUCUGGAAGGAGGUGUUCCGGUCCGGGCGGGACCGGGCCGCCGUGUCGCGCGAGAACGGCGAGCACUUCAAGGACAGCCUGCUCAAGUGGGGCGGCAGCCGGGAGCCGUGGAGGUGCGUGUCGGACGCGCUGCGCGACGAGAGGAUCGCCCACGGCGACGAGAGGGCCAUGGCGCUGGUGGGCAGCUGGGGCACGAGCAGCGGCGUCAAGGAGUGA